CUUGCAAGAGCCACUCUGCCACUCACUUCCGAAACGGCGGGAAAUUCUAUCCAUCUCUUUAAUCUUUCCCCACUACCACUACCCUACCUAAUUCUACCUCUUUUUUACAUUAUUGUUUUCUUAAAGUUAAUACAAUUUCAUUAUAUCAUUCAUUUUCAAUUACUAUCUAUCCUCUUACGAUCAACCCUAUGACAUAUUGAUCCCAUUACGUAUCGGUGGCCACGAGCUACUAAGGGAUUAGGUAGGAGUCGUCGGGCGGUAUCAGCCGUCGUUGUCGUAGAGACCGGCUGUGGAUAUAGUCGAUAUUGUGGCCGUACAAGCUGCAAUGGACAAUAAUAUGUUAAAUCCAGGCUUGGUAUCCCCUCCUAGAAACAACAAUGGCAAGGAGAGAAGAAACCCAUCCAUAACGCCCAGGAAAUUCCGACGAUUCUUUACUCCUCGUUCCCGUGUUCCGACACAUAUCAGCUCAGCAAGAAAGGCACUCCAGGAUCUCGCAGCCCCAUCCGUUAACAACCGAUAUCAGACUCCCGAUCCCUCUAGUCCUAUCAGACCAUCUUCAGAGGAUCAUGCCCAAGACGAGAAUUUCGACCGGAUCACCACUCGAUCAUUCAAGCGGAGAAAAUAUCAUCAUACCCCUGAUUCCUCACCCUGCCGGCCGGGCCUCCUUAGCCCGAUCCGAUCUCUACAUUCAAGCCAGGAGAAUAUAGAUUUAGACCUUGAUGAGAGUGAGGAUGAUGAAUUGCCCACCCUUUCAAACCCGGCCAAACCAUUGGUACCUCUAGUAAGCCGCGGCUUUGCCGGUCAACUUGCGCAGAGACAGAUGGGAGGAAUGCCCCGAGCAGGCCGUUCUUAUAUGACAUUCCCAACUACGGACUGGAGAGUAGAUACAGCAGACUUUUACACUGCGCCCGACGAUGCGUAUCGAAAUACUAGUAACGAGGGCCCCGGGAAUUGCGUUCCAUUCUGCGUCGCUUCUUGUCACACGAACGAUCUUGUCGCUGUUGGAGAUGAAGAAGGACGAGUUCGCUUACUAGAAACGAACCCACCUAAAUCGCAGCAAUCGUUCCAAACUCCUCAUCUGAUGUUCCAAUCACACAGUAAUGCCAUCAUCGACCUCUGCUUCUCUGAGGAUGAUUAUCGUCUAGCUACAGCUUCUGGAGACCAGACCGGGCGUAUCUUAGACAUGAUGACACAAACUCCAAUUGCGGUUCUUCAGCACCAUACAGCGUCUCUGAAGCAAGUGCGUUUUCAGCCGGGCAGUGCGAAUGGUAGUGUGCUUGCAACAUCUUCUCGUGAUGGUAGUAUUCGAGUUUGGGAUCUUCGUUGCGCGGGAAAGCCAGUACAAGAUACACUUGUACAUCCAGAGCAACGUGAAGAUUCUUUACGAUUCCGACGUCCUUCGCCGAAAAGUGGUUGUGCUAUCAACAGUCUUCAUCACGCCCACGCACGUACUUAUCGUCAAGUGCAACAAGGUACUGGAGUCGAGCGGGAGGAUGUCCCUUCGCGUCGUGAGCUUCCGGGCCGGACAGGUGAUGUAUCCGUCACAGCAUUACAAUUCCUACCUUCAGGACAAGAACAUCUGUUGCUUUCAGCCUGUGAAGCAGAUGCGUCUAUUAAGCUCUGGGAUAUUCGAUCCGUACAUUCGUCGCGUCGAGGAGUUCCCUCAGCAUUAUCUGCAACCGCGCCACCUUCAUCCCACGAAAACUGGAGACCCUUUGGCAUAUCAUCUCUAUCUCUUAACACCGACGGGUCUCGAUUGUAUGCAUUAUGCAAGGAUAACACCGUUUAUGCCUACUCGACUGCCCAUCUCAUCCUAGGACAUGCGCCGGAGAUGUCUACACGUAACGGCGAACCACCUCGCCGCCGCCAUAAUGCAGUCACCCACCAAGGCCUUGGCCCGCUUUACGGAUUCCGACAUAACUCAUUUCACGCAACAAGCUUUUAUGUCAAAUGCGCGGUUCGGCCAGUGCGCGAUGGUAGGAGUGAACUUCUGGCAGUGGGAAGUAGUGACAGAUGCGCUGUGCUAUUCCCUACGCAGGAGCGGUAUUUUAGAGAUGCUCUAUCAUACACGAUGAGUAACCUAACUCUCGAGAACUCUACCAUCGCCGCCUCUACUGGAGGCCAGCUCCCGCCUGCUAAGAACAGGGCGAAUAACUGCCUCUCGGCCCGCCUUGUUGAUGACAUACCUAUUGUCCGCAUGGGAACUCCGCUCAUCCGAGCCCAUGACAAUGAAGUCGGCUCUGUGGCUUGGACGAACGAGGGUAAGCUAGUCACGAUAGGGGACGACUUCCUCGUUCGUCGCUGGUACGAGGAUAGAGAACGCGCCAAGGAUUUGAGGACAAUGGAUGAGUUCGGUGGUAGGCGAUGGUGUGCCGGAUGGGCGGAUGUGGAGCCUGAUUGGGAUGUGGAUGACGAGGAGGACUAGAGAGGGAUGGAUUUCAAGAGAAGCAAAUAGAAACUACGGGAAGGGAGAUACGGACAUUCACAUCGCAUCGCAUCGCAUGGCGUUAGGUUAGGCAUUGUGCUGUCUUGCAUAUUUUCAUUUUUUCUGCAUUGAGAGGUCACCAUCGGAGGUCGACCAUCAUAUACCCCCUUAUUUCGCGACUGCGAGUCUAAUAGGAGCAUUAGCAUUGCCUUAUAGAUUUUCAUCGAGUAAAUGGAUGAGUUUUAAAGAUUGAAUGCUAGCUUUCAUCUUAUGUGACGGUGUAAGGCCGGAGUUUGGAGUGACUCUUCGGACUUUGUGAUAGCAGAGUUCUAGUAAUUCAC